GCGUUAAUCAAACGACUUAAGAAUCCUCAAAGUUUGACUUUAAUUUACUUUUAUUUUUCCAUUAAAAUUGGAGCUAAAAAUUUUAGACCUAAAAAACAAACAAAACCACCUUUCGUUUUCUCUCUCCAAAAUUCAAAAACCUUGAAAAAAACUCAACAAUGGCGAUCGCCGCCAUGUCGUUUUCUCUCUCCUCUUCACCUUCCAACCUCAACCUUCACCAUCGCCGGAAUCUCUCUCCUCCGCUUCUUCCGCCGCCAUUAACGCUUUCUUUCUCCUCAAAACAACUCACUCCUCUUUCCGUCUCCUCCAACCUUCUUCGCCGUUCUCCUUCUCACAUUCGCCGACUUCUCCCUCUCGGUUACUCCGGCGGUGUUUCCGGCGACGGCGGAUUCUCCGGUGGCGGAGGCGGAGGCGGUGGUGGUGGUGGAGGUGGUGAUGACGAUGAUUCCGGUGAUAGUAAGAAUAAGAAGGAUGCAUUUUUGAUGUUGUCGGAGAUCGGACGAUCGGUUGAUAGUUUGCCGAAGGAUUUGGCGACUGCGAUUGAAGAAGGUAGGAUUCCGGUGGAGAUUGUGAGGAAGUAUCUAGAACUCGAGAAAUCGGCGUUUUUGCGAUGGUUGCUUCAAUUCGGAGGGUUUAGGGAAAGAUUGUUGGCUGAUGAUCUGUUUUUGGCCAAAGUUGGUAUGGAAUGUGGUGUUGGUGUCUUCACUAAGACUGCUGCAGAAUAUGAGAAGAGAAAGGAGAAUUUCUUCAACGAAUUGGAAGUUGUUUUUGCAGAUGUGGUUAUGGCCGUCAUUGCGGAUUUCAUGCUCGUCUAUCUUCCUGCUCCAGCUGUAGCCCUCCGGCAACCUCUUGCAUUGAAUGCUGGACCUAUUACAAAGUUCUUCCACAGCUGUCCUGAUAAUGCUUUCCAGAUUGCUCUUGGCGGUGCUUCGUAUUCAUUUAUACAAAGGAUGGGAGCUAUUUUGCGUAAUGGGGCAAAGCUUUUUGCUGUUGGCACUACAUCCUCUUUGGUUGGUACAACCAUAACAAAUGCCGUGAUCAACGCACGUAAAGCUGUUGAUAAGUCAGCUGCUGAUGAAGUGGAGACUGUUCCUAUACUAUCCACUAGUGUGGGUUAUGGUGUGUAUAUGGCAGUUUCAAGCAACCUGAGGUAUCAAUUUUUAGCUGGUAUUGUUGAACAACGGAUACUGGAACCAAUGUUCCAUAACCAGAAACUUGUGCUAAGUGCUCUUUGCUUUGCUGUACGGACGGGCAACACAUUCUUGGGUUCAUUAUUGUGGGUGGACUAUGCACGCUGGAUCGGAAUUCAGAAAGCUCAUGAUGAAAAUCAUGCUUAGGAGUAGAUUCGCUUUGCAUUUCCAUCACACAGAACGUAGAUCAACUGAUUUGUCGUACAAGAGUAUUUUUCCACAUUGAUGUCUUGAAAGUGAGGUGCUCUAGAAGACUAAAUAUAUUUAUAAGGUAGGUCGGAUGGCAUUUGCUGUUACAUUUUCAUUUCGGGGCCAGGAAGGGAGACCUUUCCUUUUGCUUCAAGCUAGAUGGUUCUUUGGGACUUCACAAGGAUCGCCAACAGUGUUUGAAGCUGCCUCUUGAUUCAAAAAUUAUUUCAGUUGUGCGUUUGAUUUGAGCUGUGAGCAAUUUCAACAGACUUUGGAGAUGCCUUUUGGUUAAUUAUUGCAAUUAUGCGCUUAAUUAGAGUUGAGCAUUUUCUCCUUUCUAUUUUCUGUCUAAGGGAGGGGAAUACCUAAAUGCAAUUGUGUUAUAUAUGAUGAUGAUAUGUUAAUAUUCAAAAUUUGCCAAUAAUGUUAAAGAUGUUUAUGAUAUUAUUGUGAUAUGGAAGUGUUUUUAAGGAUUUUUUUUCUUA